AUGUUGCUGUUUAAUAGGGAUUUAGAAUAUAGGUGUGGUUUAAGUAAAUCCCUAGAUAGUUUUGAUCCUAUUGAAGAUAGUUUUUAUCCUAUUGAAAAUAACGGUGUAAAUGAAGACCCAUCUAUUUUAACUGAUGACCCAUAUAUUUUAACUGAUGACCCAUCUAUUUUAACUGAUGACUCAUCUAUUUUAACUGAUGACCCAUCUAUUUUAACUGAUAUGGAUAAUGACAUUCAUAGUUGGAUUGAGAGUUAUCUUCGUUAUUUAGAUGAUAGUGACAACUACAAUGCCAAUAUCAGUGACUUGAAUAGUUACAUUUUAGAUGAUACAAAUGAUAGUGAUUUGUAUGAAAUAGAAAAUUCUAAUGAUACAAAUGAUAGUGAUUUUACUCCAAUAGAAUAUUCUAAUGAUACAAAUAAUAGUAAAUUUACUCCAAUACAAUAUCCUGAUGAUCCAAAAGAUACUUCUUAUACUGAAAAAUUUAAGCAUUUAUGGGUUGAAUGCGAAAGUUGCUUUGGAUUAAAUUAUAAGAAAUUUUUUAAAUCCAAAAUGAAUAUUUGCGAACACUGUGGAGAUCAUUUGAAAAUGAGCAGUUCAGAUAGAAUCGAACUUUCGAUUGAUCCAGGUACUUGGAAUCCUAUGGAUGAAGACAUGUUUUCUCUGGAUCCCAUUGAAUGGGACAAACCUUAUACGGAAGACGAACCUUCUACGGAAGACGAAUACGACUCUUCUACGGAAGACGAAUACGAAUCUUCUACGGAAGACAAACCUUCUAACGAACCUUCUACGGAAGACAAACCUUCUAACGAACCUUCGACGGAAGACAAACCUUCUAACGAACCUUCGACGGAAGACAAACCUUCUAACGAACCUUCGACGGAAGACAAACCUUAUACGGAAGACGAAUCUUCUCCGGAAGACGAAUCUUUACCCGGUUUCCUGAAAUAUUCUUUCAAAUAUUGGGAGAUAUCAUAG